AUCUAGCUGGUCCUGGGGACGCGACUGGAGAAUAUCCAAAAUGGCGAUUUCUAGGAAACAACUUUCUUGCUCCAUUUCUCUCUGCCUUUUCUUAGUUUUUUCCAUCCAUGGAGUAGAUGUUGACAUAGAAGAUGGUUUUGCAAUGGACCAAACCAUUCCACAGGCAGCAAGUGGUGAAGACAAACAAGAUUAUGUUGAUGCACCAGAGAGACCUAGUGGUGCUGAAAUGAAGACAGCAGCACAGAUCAACGACCAGGAUCAUUUAAAUGACCCUGGUGGUCAUGAAAAUGUUCAGCAGGAAGACGGCGAUGCAGUCACACUGAGAAAAGAUAACAAUCCUGGUUCUUGUAUGGCGAUUGGAAUGGAGGGAUUUUUAACUGAGGUGUUGGGAAGUUCUAGAAAGUGUGAAGUAGUUAAGAAUGAGAGGAACCUUUUUGAUGAUAGAAGUCAGCAGACAUGCAGGAAACCUAUAGUGUAUGGCAGGUUUGCCGAGCUGAAAGAUGCGUCGGGUAUUCCGACCCAUUCAGAGGAAACCCCAGAAGAAGCAGAUAGUUUAAAAAUUAUAAGAACUUCUUUGGAUGAAAUAACAAAAGCUGCUAUGCGGAGUUUAAGAUUUUUGUAUGACGUUUUACAAGAAUUGCAAGAUUCCAAUGGGAAAAGUUUAGAUAAAAAUUUAACUGCCUCAAAUAAAACUGUAGAAAAAAGUUCGCUCAUUGAAAAAGAAGACGGGGAAAAAAUUACUGAGACUGUGGUUGAUAAUAAUGGUACUGCAGCCAAUAUAAACUUUACAGACUCGACGAAGAAAAAAAUCCAAUGUGUAGGGAAGAAUUUUACUGAAAAUGACACAGCAGAAGUACGUGUAGUUGACAAUGUGAUUUUAAAUGAAAAACUAAACCCAAAGACGGAAACUGGAGGGACUUGUACAAUUGUGAUGUUCUAUGCCCCUUGGUGUGUUUUUUGUGCCAGAACUGCACCGCAUUACAAUGCCUUAGCAAGAGCUUUCCCACAGAUGGAUGUGUUAGCGAUAGAUGCUGUUCAUUUUGGCAGUCUGAAUGUUCGAUAUGGAACAACAGCAGUUCCAAACAUCAUGGUGUUCCAUGGGGGCCGUCCGAUCACCCGUUUCAACAAAACUGAGAGGACGCUUGAACAAUUUGUAGCAUUUGUGUCCAAUGUAACUGGUUUCAAACCGCUACCUGAUGUCAACCUCACUGACGCCGACUUUGAAGGUCCAGUACCAAGCACACCCACAAAUCAUCCCGACUACCUCCUCCUACUGGCCUGGGUAUUCAUCAUCAUCUGUGUCACGUACAUGGUGGUCAAGUCAAACUCGGGGCAGCAACUUUGGCAGAAAGUUCAACACCUUUGGCUCGAACACCAACAUCUUGAUUAGACAAUAGACAUUUCACAAAAGAUUAAAGUCAUAUCCGAUUUUCUGACAUUUGGCUUUUGGAUGAUCUGCGUUGUGUUUUUAAUAUGGGAUACCUGAACCACAUACAGUAGAACCUCUCUACUAAGGACACCCUUGGAACUGACAAGUAUUGUCCUUGAUCAAGAGGUGUCCUGAUUACAGACAGGUCAAAUUGAAUAGAAAAUACCAAUUUGAGACCAAAACUAGUGUCCUUUAUAGAGAUGAUGUCCUUAUUGGAGAAGUGUCCACUUUGACUCCUUGAGAUGUUCUUCUCUAGUCAAAAAAAAAUGCUCCACACCCCAUAAUGCAAUCAGGACACCUCUCAAUUGAGGACAUUUUUCAGUCUUAAAGGUGUCCUCAAAAGAGAGGUUCUAACUGCAGUAAGACAAUCAAUGCUGAUUUUCUUUCAGCCAUCUGUCCAAAAAUCAGGAACCAUUCAGACACAGUUCUGAAAUAACCUAACUCAGCAACGAGUAAAGUUUCAUUUUUUUUGCCGCACCCUACAUACGCAUGCACUUGCAACUGGAUGCAUUCUCAUCCUAAUAGCUCAAUGGGCAAAUUUGAUAUAGGUUAUCAGUAUUAAAAUGUUGUUUGAACAUCAUCACUAUUUUCGGUAAUAUUUGUUCGUGACGUACAAAUUUGGUUCACCAUUUCAAAAUGUUGUAGCAUUAUCAAAGAUGUAUUAGUUUUCUUAUCAUGGAACUGUUUCAACGGAUUUGGUGGGUUAUGGCAAAGCAUGUUUUUAAGGACAGACCAAAAUUAACAUGUUGAAAUCUGUCUUGAAUAUAUCUAUACCAGUGAUGCUAAAGGCUGGUGCAGAUGAGCAAUUCUAAUCAGAUGAAAAAUCAUUCUGGAUGCCGUUUAGGCUUGGCUUUGUGUCGUGACCUUUGUACACAGUAGCAAAAAGUUGUGGCAGGAACAUAUCACUGUAAACCGUCAAAUUUUCACGUCUUUAUUAUAUGAGAUUUUGUGUUUUUUGGUAAUGGGAUACUUCAACGGUCCUCCAUCUCCUGCUCCUGUCGUAGAUUUGCUUGGCAGUUCCGGUCUUAGUCUAAUUUAUUGGCUCUCUUGUUGUGAAAUUUGACUUUGAAUAAUAAAA